GAUGACAAUGUCCUUUCUGUUGACAUAUAAGCGAGAUGUGUGCUUCACAUCGCUGCUACGGCUGAAACUUCCUAUGUUCAGAACCAAAGAUUACAGAGAGAGAGAGAGUAUAGCCCGUUCACUUCCGGUUACGGCGAAAUCGUCGACACUGUAUUCGUAACCGGAAGCUGUCUGUGUUGACGCAGUGUAUCAGUUUCCUGUUUACGGGCGGGAAGAGCGAAACACGCUCGGAGAUCUGCAGCCGAGGGCACCACAUUUGUUUAAAUCUGACUCAGAGCCAUGCCGUGCAGCCUGUACUGACGCGCUGGACCUUAGCACAUCCACUGGGACAUACUUAGCGGGACGUUUGAAAAGUGCUGGGUGUUUUGGAGCUCCCGGAGCAGAUGGACGAGCCUCCCGCAGAGACAGGCGGCGGUGGCGGAGGCGCUGCGGCGGAGGGCCCCGUGGUGCAGGUGGAUCAGGUCUGUUUACCGAGCGGCGCUGUCCCUUUACGGCUCCUGGAGUGGAAAGUCAAACCCGGCUCUCUGAUCAACGUGGACUCUGUGCUGGCUCUGGCUGUCCCCAUUGCCCAAGAGAAGGACGCAGAGGGUGUCAGGCUCCCAGAGAAGAAGGUGAAGGCAGACCGUGCAGGAGUAGUGAAGGAGCUGUGCUGUCAAGUUGGACAAGUCCUUCCUCCCGGUGGUGUUAUUGUCAAAAUAGAGGAAUGCAGUCAUCCCAUAGUAAUGAAAGGGUUGUGUGCCGAAUGUGGCCAGGACUUGACACAGCUACAGAGCGCAAAUGGGAAACAGCAAGCUCCCAUCUCCACAGCAACAGUCUCCAUGGUGCACAGUGUUCCUGAGUUGAUGGUCAGCUCUGAGCAAGCAGAGCAGCUUGGGAGAGAAGACCAGCAAAGACUCCAUCGAAACAAGAAGCUGGUUCUGAUGGUGGAUUUAGACCAAACGUUAAUCCACACAACGGAACAGCACUGCCACAGAAUGUCCAAUAAGGGCAUUUUCCACUUCCAGCUCGGACGAGGGGAACCCAUGCUCCACACCAGGUUACGUCCUCACUGUAAGGAGUUCUUGGAGAAAAUUGCCAAACUGUAUGAACUCCACGUCUUCACAUUCGGGAGCCGACUUUAUGCGCACACAAUUGCAGGCUUCUUGGAUCCUGAAAAAAAACUGUUCUCUCAUCGGAUCCUGUCCAGAGAUGAGUGCAUUGAUCCUUUCUCGAAGACGGGAAAUCUUAGAAAUCUGUUCCCAUGUGGAGACUCAAUGGUGUGUAUCAUCGAUGACCGUGAGGAUGUGUGGAAGUUUGCACCUAACCUCAUCACUGUGAAGAAAUAUACCUACUUCCAGGGCACAGGGGACAUCAAUGCCCCCCCUGGCUCUCGGGAGGCUCAGAUGGCCAAGAAAGGAGGCCCAUUGAGUCGUCUGAUUGAGAGUGGCGAACCUUCAGGGUUGGCAGAUGAACAAAACAAUGGCCUCAGAAGAAAAACAAAGGAUCACGGCAAGGAGGAAUCUACAAGUUCAACUCAGGGAAAAACCACAAACGAACUGACACAUCCACCUGCCGCUGGAGGAGACGUUUCAGAAGCUCAGGGUAAAGAACUAGGGACUGAAGUAAGCAGUUUAACAGAGAACAAGGAGGACGAUGAAAGGACACUUGUCUCUAAGAAUACCAACGCCAACUCAUCAGCACCUGACCACAAAGCAAAUAAUCUGGAUUUUGACCUUUCCAGUGAUAGUGACAGUGACUCAAUAUCAGACAAACCUCUCAAAACAGACAGUGACAGUGAAGGCAAUGUGACAAAAGACAGAAAUUCUAAACAGGAAUUAGAAGAGACUGCAAAGGAAGGUGAGAUUAAAGCUGGGAAUAGUUCAGAGGGUGUGGCACUUCCAGACACAAACUUGGACAAUGGCUGCUCUGAUAAACAAGAACCCGAAACGGAAUCUCAAAAUAGUGAACAGUCAGGCGUCACCACAGGGGAAGAGAUUUUAGACCACAACAUGGAGGAUGAGGAGGAAGAAGACAUUGACCAGGACGAUCACUUGAUAUACUUAGAGGAGGUUCUAGAGAGGAUCCACGCAGAAUACUUCACUCGCUAUGACCGCUACCUGAAAAAGGAAGUCCCAGAAACGCCGGACAUUCGGAAGAUUGUACCGGAGCUGAAAGGCAAAACUCUGGAGGGAACAACACUGGUGUUCAGUGGGCUGUACCCAACCAACUAUCCGAUGGAGAGGACUAGGGAGUAUUACCACGCCAAAGCACUGGGGGCGAACAUCGGCAAGAGCCUCAUCUUCAAAGCUCAGGAUCCAAACCGAACAACGCACCUCAUCGCAGCACGGGCAGGCACAGAGAAGGUCCGGCAGGCACAGGCUUGUAAGCACCUCCAUGUUGUGAACCCCGACUGGCUCUGGAGCUGCCUGGAGCGCUGGGAGAGAGUAGAUGAGCGACUGUACCCUCUGAAGGAAGACUACUCCAAGAUGCCAAGGAGUAAUAGUCCAGCAGCGUUCAUAGAUGCACAGGGCUCCGUCAAGCAGCCAGUCUUUCAGCCAAUCCCUGUCCAGGCCAGAGCUCCACCCCCGCCCCCUGAGAUCCGCACCUAUGACUCGGUCACAGGGAAACUCAUCCGCAGGGGUCCUCCAGCUGCACGGCCCUCACCCUACCUCCAAGCCUCACCGUCCGACCCUUCUACUCUCAGGGGAAGCUCAGAAGACGAGCAGCCGGGGCCAUCUCGUCGCGAUCGGCAGCCAAGCAUGUCUGAAACCAUGCCUCUAUACACACUGUGCAAGGAGGACCUGGACAGCAUGGACAAAGAGGUGGACGACAUUCUUGGGGAGGAGAGUGACAAUGAUGAAAGUGAGAGCCAAGCGAAGGACAAAGCGAAAAAAGAAGAGGGGAGACAGAAGAGAGCAGGUCUAUCAUCAGGGCUGGGAUCUCAGGCGUUGGGUACAGAGGAGCAGAGCCAGCCAACAGCGAUCACAUCCAUGGAGAGUCAGUCACACAGCCAACAAAGGGGCCACAAACGCAAGCACGAUGAAGCCAAGGAGGAAGAGGAGGAGGAGGAUGACGAAGGAUCGAAGGCGGGGGCGGGCUCUGAUGAGGAGUCCUCCAAAGACUCUAAUGAGGAAGAGGAAGACAGCGGCUCAGAGGCAGACGAAAUGGCCGCAGCUUUAGAGGCAGAACUCAACGACUUCAUGUAAAAUUCAAAUCAGGAAAUGGACAAAUUUAGCGCUUACCCCCGAAAAAAAAAAAAAUAAUGUAAACGUGGUACCUAAAGCUAUUUUUCUGAACUUGUGUGUGUCCCGAGAGCUGAAUGUGCUGUACAGUUGACGCGCUGUGUAAAUAAGUGGAUAGAUUUUUGUAGCAUUGGUAUAUGAUAGCUUUUUGGAAAAACAUUUUGACGUUUUAUUGUGACGAAACCUAUAGAAGAGAUACGAUUUGAUACUUUUUUGUUUUACUUUUCCUAAUGUCAAUUUUUAUAUUGAUUUAAAAAAUAUAAGAAAAUAAAUAUAAAAAAUGAAAAUAAUACAUAUUAAAAGAAAAAGCUGGUUGAAAAUGCCAAAGAGUUUUCACAUAGUAUUGCUAGGAUGUGCAGCUAAAUAUUUUACUACAACAUUGUACUUUGUUUUGGCCGAUCUUUGGUGUCAUAAAUUUAAACAGUGGUUCUAGACAUUUGAAUGUGUUUUGUCACAUUUCUUCCACUUCUGAAUACUUUGUACUUCUAUAAAGUGAUUUUGUUGUUUUUUUAUGGACUAUUGGUGCACUAAUAACUUUAAAAAAAUAUGCCAGUUCUUCAUUUGCAUUUAGAAAUGAGAAAAAACUGCAUUGUCAUUGCUAAUAUUUUGCCAAAUACUUUUCUCAAUGUUCACAUUGUUACCAGCAAAAUUUAUCAUAACAUAGACCUUUUUUGGGCCUAAACGAAAGUGAUACAAACUAUUUACAUUUCCCAAAAUAUAUGUUUUAUUAUUCAUUGUUGUAUACUCAUGUAAUCUAUCUGUUUGAUAAAUAUUGGCAGCCCCUUAAGGACCUCUGCUGAGUGAACCACAGUCUUAUCCAAUUGAACAUAUAGUUUGGUUCUUUUAUCUGAAUUUCCUUCCUUGCUGUGGUCCGGUUCAGUUCAGAUUGGCAUGUGCUGACUCAUUACAUGGUCAAAGCCAUAGAUACUCAUGCGCUCCAUGGGACUUCGCUACAAAUCAUAGUAUGGGUGUGUGUGUGCUUAUUUUGCACAAAAAUUAGGUGUAUUUUACCAUAGCUUUGACAGCCAGACUUACCAACACAAAGUAAAGUAAGUUUGAUAGGCCAUAUGUUUGGAUUUAGGUACAUGGUCUCUUAUGUAAACGGUCAACAUCAUUUGGACAUGGAAACAGGGCUGGGCGCUAUGGCGAUUAAAAACUGAAUUAUAAUCUGAUUAAAACAUAACCUAUUUACUUUAUCAUGUUACCUUUAAUUGUUUUGAAAAUGCUAUAUUAGCUGAAAACAAUCUAUUUAAAGUUUCAGUUUUGGCUCUCCCACGCCCUUGCUCACCACACUAAGUUACUCCCUCUUCAGAGCACUAUUGCAGCACAAUCUACGUUUAUCCUGCUCAUAAAACCACUGCGCAUUGCAUCAGGUUUGUGAAGUUGGAGUGUAUUGUUUGUUUCAUUCUUUUGUAUAUUGUUUAGGCCUUGCAGGAGCGUGGGUUACAUAGACUUGUGGGAUGAGCAUUGGCCAGCCUUGCACUGCCAAAGAGGGUUUCGAACAGUGCUCAAGAUUACUCAAAGAUGCAUGGAUGACAUCUAAAACCACUUCAUGCAUGUUCUAGAUGAGGAAAAAUGUUAUAAUAUGAUUUUUGCAUAAUACCCUCUUUAUAUUACAUUUAAAAUAAAGCUUUUAGAAGCAAAAUGGUUUUAGCCAAAUGGCAUCUUUAUUGAUACACACAGCCUCAAUUACAGCCAUUAAAUAUAAAUGUCUAUAAUGGUGAUCUUUUUUGCUAUUGAUGCUCUUUUCUGCUACACCUAAACAUGAACUAAACAGUGCAAUACCACUCUGAACUGAACCAUUCCACUUCAAGAGUACACUUAUUGUAUAUUUUGUGAUAUCUUGUACUUCAAAGCCCCUUGUGCUAAUGUGCAUCCCUUCUACCACAUUUCCUAUGCAUUUGUAUUAUAUUAUAUAGAACAGCCCACAUCUCCUCUAUUGAAUGACCUUUAACUGGUUUAUUUUAUGCUUAUCCAAUGACAUACAUGUAUAGUGUUUGUAAAGUCUUGUUUCUCACUUGGCCCAGCGACGAAUAUCAAAAUCUCCACAAAUAAAUAUGUUGUUUGAACCUC